UGGUCAGAUUUCGACCAAUGAGAAACUUCAUUGACAUAGCUUGAAAAAUGGUGGAAGAGAGACUGAGCGAAGACGAAGCUGCUUUGUACGACAGACAAAUCCGUCUGUGGGGUCUGGAAGCACAGAAAAGGUUGCGAGCAGCAAAAGUCCUUCUGGUUGGAUUGUCAGGUCUUGGAGCUGAGGUUGCUAAGAAUAUUGUCCUUUCUGGAAUUAACUCCCUCACACUGUUGGAUCAUAAAAAGGUGACUGAAGAAGACCGCUGCAACCAAUUCUUGGUAUCUAGAGAUGAUGUUGGACGUAAUCGUGCUGAAGCAUCGCAGGAAGCCACUCAGAAGCUGAAUCCUCUUGUUAAGAUCACAGUUGAUACAUCAAAUGUUGAUGACAAACCUGACACCUUCUUCCAGCAGUUCAAUGUGAUCUGCAUCACCUCAUCUUGCCGUAAUGCUCUCUGUCGGAUCAACAAACUCUGCCAUGAGCAUAACAUCAAGUUCUUCGCUACUGAUGCCUUUGGAUAUUUUGGUUUCAUGUUCUCUGAUCUUGGCAGCCAUGAGUUUGCUGAAGAAAUUCCCAAACCGAAACCCAAGGAAACAGAAGAAAGUGAGAAUGGUGAACCCAAAGAGAAGAGGGCUAAGAUCGCCAUGGAAACUGUUGUUGUCAAAAAUUCGAGUGAGUUUGUCCGAUUUGAGUCUGCACUAAAAUUUGACUGGAGCACUGAAGAGAACCAGAAGCGUCUGAAGAGGACUGCCAAGGUUUAUUUUAUCAUGCAAGUGAUGCUGAAAUUCCUGGAGAGACAUGGUCGACAUCCAUCAGUUAAAUCGAAAACUUCAGAUAUGGAGGAGUUAAUGAAGCUACGGACUGAAGUAUUGGAGAGUUUGUCAGUAAAGCAAGAAGUUCUCACAGACUAUUUUGUCAGCCAUUGUUUUGCUGAACUCUGUCCUGUUUCUGCCAUUGUGGGGGGAGUCCUCAGUCAAGAAAUCAUUAAGGCUGUCUCACAGAAAGACAAACCUCAUAACAACUUUUUCUUCUUUGAUGGAAUCAACGGAACUGGGCUGGUGGAACAAAUUGGUUAAAGAAAACCACAGACGCCCUUCCUUCCCUAACCAUUCCUUCUGACACAAAUCCAUUUUCUUUGCUGUCAUUUCAUCAGAAAUAAACGUUUUCAUCUCAUUUAUUCAUCAUGGAA